AUGGAGGAAGAAGGGGCGGAGGGGUCCAGCAUCGAAGCCCUGCUGGUGGACAAGGAGCUUCUAGAAUUGGUGUUCUUAUCGCCAGCAUGCCUCAACGACAGCCACCUCCGCAUCCUGCCCCUCGUUUGUCGCACACCUACGCGCAUUAAAGCGUUUCAGGGCAUACGGGUCGUGAGCGUGGCUGCCGGUUGGCACCACUCGGUGUUCCUUACCGCCUGCGGUGAGGUGUUCGCGUGUGGCAACAGUAAAGAGGGAAAGCUGGGUCAGGGCGAGGACAAGCCGGACGCCAGCCUCCACGAGCCGCGGAGGGUGGUGGGCUUGGAAGACGUGACUGCCAUACGAGUCGUGGCGGGCGCAUUCCACACGCUGGUGCUCACCAGCACCGGCACCCUCUAUUCGUUCGGGUACGGUCGCAACGGGCGGCUGGGUUUAGGCGACGCCAAUGACCGCUCGGUUGCCACUCUGAUCACUGGCCUUUGUGGGGAGGAAGUGGUGCAAAUGAGCGGAGGUAACAUGCACAGCCUGGCGGUGACCAAGACCGGCCGGGCCUAUGCCUGGGGCGACGGAUCGUACGGCAUACUGGGCCUACCCGCCGUGAACGAGGACGUGACCACGCCCAUGCUCAUUGGCGGCGCGUUCGAGGCCAAGCGCGUCGUGGCCGCAUCGGCCGGCGACUUCCACAACCUGUUCCUCACCGACGACGGUCAAGUCUUCUCCUGCGGGCGAGAUUCCGCAACACUCAACACCCUCCAAACCAGAGAUGGGAACGGUCGAUUGGGUUAUGCGGUGACCGCCGACGCGCAGUGCGAGCCCAAGCUGAUCCCAGCGCUUGCUGACAAAGUGGCAACUGUCAUUGCUGCCGCCAGCUGGGCUUUGAACCCGAUGCUGAGCCAGCAUCAUCAACUCAGCGGGUUGGGAACCUACUCACAGACAUCAGCAAGGUUGGGCCAUGGCACCACAGACACAGUCACCACGCCGAAGAAGAUCGAGAAGUUGGCUCCGUUUGCCAUUCAGAGUGUUUCAUCCAAUGGCAGGCACACCCUCGCCUUGACCUAG